CAGCUCUAUCCGGUUUAACAUGAAUAUAGACUGUUCAGUUCUUCAUAACGCAAGCUGAUUUUAGGGACCCUCCUCAUGUUUGUAAGUCUAUGAGACAAAUGAAUAAGAGAGAAUUCACGUUUUCAUGGACUUUUUAAGAAAUCGUUGAAGAUGGAGACUAUUGAGACGGCUGCCAAAAAAUCUUUCAUUGUGAUGAUUAACAUGAUUGCAUGGAUGAUUUUAUUAACAGCUACUGGAUUAGGAGUGAUCCAUUUGCAUGAGUGCCCUGUCCAGCCAAACCUCCCCAUCUAUGUGACUGUGAUUGGAUUGACUGGUCUGCUUUCACUGUUGGUCAUGUACCUGAGGGACACUUUGGACGACUCUCUGCUGGUUCGCUUCUGCAGUGCUUUCAGCUUUACGCUCUACAUAUUCAUUGUGUGCUGGUUCGUUGCUGGUACCCACUGGAUUUACUCCAUAUAUCCUCCCAACUAUGUUCCCACCAGCACUGGAGACCACUGUCACAAAACCCUGUAUCUGUUUGCAUUUUGGAUUAACAAUCUAGGCUUUCUUUGUGUGUUCAUGCUGUCUCUUUUUGCUUUGUAUUUCACUUUGACUCGUAGAACUAUGUUGUUCACCAGUAGAAACCUAUAUGUUAAAAUUUAGCUGCAGACUUGUAGAUAACUUCCAGUAAUGCUUUGAAAUUGUGCUGUAUUGUGUGAUCUUAUUAUAUACGUUUGUUACAAGCGCUUUCAGUGGUUGUUUAAUCAGUAAAAUUCUUGAUGUUUUUAAACUACUGAAAAUAAAUUUGAAAUAAUAAACCUUCCUUUAUUCAUUAGAAUAUAAUUAUUUAUUAAUCAAAUAUUUCUUGAGAUCUGUUAACAGCAUCUUAUUUAUUUAUUUGUAUUUGUUUUGAAAUAUUAGAUAUAUCGUUUUUCAGUAUAUAUGUUAUUGUGAAAAGUUGUGUAUAUCAAAAUACACCGAUUAAAAAAACGUGCUAAAUUAUUCAAAAGGAGUAGAAAAAAAAACGUGUAUUUUGAAUAAUUCAUGAGGUUGGUGGAUGUUUGCCCCGCCCACAACACUUGUUCGGUCGGUCAGUUGUCCCGUCACAGCACCCGUCCCAGAAAUGUCAUUAUUCCUGGCGAGGCAUCAACAACAACUGUUCACAAAACUGCGUAAUGUUUUGAAAAUACGCCGUCAGAAAGAUUAUAUCUAGUCCAUUUCAUAAAGUCGGCUAUUUGUUAUGGCUGUUGCGGAGCUAGUGGCAAAAUGCUUGCAGGCACGAGAAAUGGCUUACUGUCCGUACAGUGGGUUUCCAGUCGGUGCUGCAAUUCUGACGACAGGGGGCGCCAUUAUCACUGGAUGCAAUGUUGAGAAUGCCUCCUAUGGCCUUACUGUGUGUGCGGAGAGAACUGCGAUACAGAGAGCGGUCGCAAAAGGAUACCGAAGAUUUACAGCCAUAGCGGUCACAUGUGAUAUCAAAGAUAGUUUUGUGGGACCCUGCGGUGCUUGUCGACAGGUAUUAAUGGAGUUUGGCACAGAAUGGGAUGUUUACCUCACUAAGCCAGAUGGCACCUAUAGGAAGACCAGUCUCAGAGACCUCUUGCCUUUAGCAUUCACCCCGGCUCACCUGCAGAAGAACUGAAUCCACUACCCGAAAAUGUCCUUUCUUUUUUUUUUAUCUAAAUUUAGGAUUGAUACCACCAUGAACUGUGAUGUACAUGCGGCCAUUUCACUCACAUUAUCAUCUCUAUAAACCCUGCAUUCUACAAAAGUAUUUAUUUAAAUAAAAAGGGUCAGAAAUGUUUGAA